AGUCUCACGGCAAGCGAGCCGCCGACUUUCAAGGUCCCAUCAAGAAAGCACGCCUCGCAUUCUUUGGUCACAACCCGGGCGGCUAAGCACCCUACUGUAUACUGA